AUGGCAGAGCCUCCGGGCGAACAGCCUGAGGAGGGGGAGAAACCCCAGGAACCGGGCCCAGAGCCCCCCAGGCAGCCCAGCGUUCCCUCUAGCAAAUCCCUGCACGGCCUCGCAAGGCAAUCUGGCCAAGGACUUCAAGGGCAGACCGGCAGCAGUGAGAAAGGCCUGGAGCCACAUCCAAGCCAGGACGAACAGCCAGCCCAGAUUCCCCUUCAUGAUCAGCAGCCAGGUCCACCUCAGCAAGUAAGAGGCAGCAUCUACCAGCCCCAGCAACCGAGGUUAAGUGUUUAUGAGCAGCAAGAACCAAGAGGGUCCAUCUACCAACCACAGCAGGCAAGAGGUAACCUUUUCCAAACCAGGGGUAGUAUGCCUCAGCCCCAGGACCAAAGGGUUGGAGCUUAUCGGCCACCGACAGGUGUUCAAGACACAGCAGGGGGCACUUCUCAGGAUUUUGUGGGUGGCGCAUCACAGCCACAGGACCAAAGAGGCAGCUCCCAUCAACCUUAUCAAGUGCCUUCAGUCAGAAGCACUCAACAGCAAUUUGACCCGGGACAUGGCCCUUACCAAACCCAUGAGCCCGGAUUGGGCCUCUACCAGCUUGGAGCUGGCAUUUACGAAGAUCAGGUUCCAGAUCCGGGGCCCAGAGCACUGGCAAUUAAGAAUGCAAAGGCUUAUCUCCUGAAAACAAGCAUCAAAUCUGGCGUGAGCCUGUAUGACCAUUUUGCUGAAAUGUUGGCCAAAAUCCUGGAGGAGAGGCCUGAAAACCCAGCAGACAUAAUUGAGAAUAUCAGCAAAGAUAUAAAGUGUGCUCGUUUCCAGAAGAAACUGGACACCCUCCGAGAUGAAUAUGAGAAACUGCCAACAUAUGAACUGGCUGAAAUGUAUAAGACUCUUUUCCAGAAGGUUGGUGGAGAUGGAGCAGAACAAGAAGUAGAAGAAGAAGCACUAGAGACACCUCUGCCCAAUGUAAUGGAGACAGCCUACUACUUUGAACAAGCUGGAUUUGGUUUGAGCUUGGAGGAAUACUACCACAUAUUCCUUGCCAUUAAACUACUGGUCACCACACACCCACUCCAGAACUGUCGCUUCUGGGGCAAAGUCCUAGGAAUAGAGGCAAACUAUAUUGUUGCUGAGGUGGAGUUCCGUGAGGGAGAGGAAGAAGAAGAGGCAGAGGAGGAAGAAAUACCUGAAGAAGUUUUGAAAGAGGGAAGCGAGAGGGAGGAGGAAGAUGAAGAUGAUGAAGAAAAAGAUGAGCCACCAAAACCCAACUAUAAGCCUCCGCCAAUAGUACCAAAAGAAGAUAAUCGGACUGGGACCAAUAAAUUCAUUUAUUUUGUCUGCAACGAACCGGGCAAACCUUGGGUGAAAUUACCUCCGGUGACACCUGCACAGAUCGUGAAUGCCAGGAAAAUCAAAAAGUUCUUCACCGGAAAGCUGGAUGCUCCCAUUGUAAGUUACCCACCUUUCCCAGGCAAUGAGGCCAAUUACCUGCGGGCCCAGAUUGCCCGCAUUUCAGCAGCUACCCAGAUCAGUCCAUUGGGAUUUUAUCAGUUUGGAGAAGAAGAAGGAGAUGAAGAGGAGGAGGGAGGAGCCGGAAGAGACUCAUAUGAAGAAAAUCCAGAAUUUGAACCCAUUUCUGUGACAGAGUUGGUGGAUUCGCUUUCCAACUGGGUGCACCAUGUACAGAACAUUCUAACGCAGGGACGCUGUACGUGGAUCAAUCCCCUUCAGAAAGCAGAGGAAGAAGAAGAGGAGGAUGAGGAAGAGGAGAAAGAAGAGCAAGAAGAGUCACAGCAAGAAGUAGGACCUCCACUUCUCACUCCACUCUCUGAAGAUGCAGAAAUUCAGAAUAUCACCCCAUGGUCAUCUGAGGCCUCCACAAGCUUGGUUCCUCAAUAUGCCAUUGCAGUUCUUCAGUCCAACUUGUGGCCUGGAGCAUAUUCCUUUGCUAUUGGCAGGAGAUUCGAUAACAUCUAUAUUGGUUGGGGUCAUAAAUACAGUCCAGUCAACUACACCCCUCCAGAACUACCUCCAGUGCAGACUGAGUACCCCAGUGGACCAGAAAUCUCAGAAACGGCUGAUCCGACUGUGGAAGAAGAGAUGGCACUCAAGGCUGCACAGGAGGAGGCUUUGGCUGUGGAAGAGAUGGAAGAGGAAGAGGAAGAAGAUGAAGAUGAGGACGAUUAA